AUGGCUGAUAAUACUUCGCAGACUCCAUCUCUAGAAGAUGCCAGCUCCUUCGUGCUCAAUGCAACUACCUUUAGAGCUCAGCAAGUUCUUGCUAAGCUCCAACAACAGUUGGAAAAUGCUGAGCAAUCGCAACUACAGUCACACAUCCUGGCCCCGUGGAUCAAGCAGAUCGAUACAGUCGUUGCAAAAUCUGGUAACACACGAGUCAUUAUAGGCAUUGUAGGCGCUACUGGCAGUGGUAAAUCAUCGAUAAUCAAUGCUCUUCUCGGAGAGAAGCAGGUCAUUCCCACGAACUGCAUGCGAGCAUGUACAGCCGUCGUGACAGAGAUAUCGUACAAUGAUCAACCUGGUCUUCCAUGGCGAGCCGUUAUCGAAUUCAUCUCACCAGAAGCAUGGCGAAAGGAGCUAGAUAUCCUACUUGGCGACGUGAACACAGCGGCUGGCUCCAUACAUGACGAGGACUCCGAAGCAGGGAUUGCCUUUUCAAAAAUCACUGCAGUCUACCCUUCGAUCAGCAAAAAGAACAUUUCGGAAGCGGAGGUGGAAACAUUAAUGCAAAAAGAGGAGGUCUCAAAUUACUUAGGCACAGCUCUCCAAUUCUUCGAUGCUACCAGCGAGCAGCUACAUAAUAGAAUACAGAGAUAUAUUGACAGCAAAGAGAAAGUUGGCGUUCAUUACGCUGACAUUGGCUGGUCUUCGUCUAGAGAAAUGGACAAUAUUGAAUAUUGGCCACUAACCAGUCGAGUGUGUAUCUAUGGCAAAGCGCCUGUAUUGCGCACGGGAUGUGUGCUUGUUGACUUGCCUGGAGUUGCUGAUAGCAAUUCUGCUCGUGCUGCCAUUGCGAAAAGCUACUUGAAGAACUGCGCAGCGCUUUGGGUUAUGGCUCCAAUCAUUCGUGCAGUGGACGACAGAACUGCUCGACAUCUUCUCGGCGAGGGCUUCAAACGCCAACUACACCGCGAUGGUACAUUGAGUCGCAUCAGCUUCGUGUGCUCAAAGAGCGACGAAAUUGUUAUUCGUGAAGCGAGACGCGAGCUCGACCAUAUACAAGAUUUCGUUGAUGGAGUUGCUCACAUUGACCUGGCCAAGACAAAUUUUGCCAAAGAUCUGAAUGCUGCGAACCUAGGUUUGGCGCAAGCGAAAAGAGAUCUUCAAGAUGCAAAGGAGCGUCAUGCGAGAAUCUACAAGGAGGAGCAGGCCUAUCGACAGCUGAGAAAUCUUGCCGCCAGCACUAAGAGCCCGAUUCACCCACCUUCGCUUACUGAUUUGGCAAAGAAACGUCGCAACGACGAAGACUGCCAUGGAAUCACCAACGAAACGAACAAGAUUUGA